AUGGACACCAGUUACCUGGCCCAGCAGGUCAAUGGCAGCAUUGCGCAGCUGAGUGACCUCUUUGACGAGAUUGGAGUGCCCAACCAUGAGCGCGAGGCUCGGGAAUCGGAGCUUUUUACCGCUCUGUCGGAAGCACUGAACAACCAAGUGCGCCUGGUGACGACGGAGAAGAAGGAAAUGGUGGAUGAAGCGAAGAAGAUCAUCACCACCAUUCGACAAAUGGAAGCGUCGUUGGACGACUCCAAGCCCCGGAGGGGAGAGUACCAGGAAGACGACGAGUUCAGAAUCACGUACCCUCUGAACCGCUGCCUGCAGGGCCUCAGAGAGAAGCAUAUCCAAAUAAGUCGUCUGCACAAGGAGCGUUUCGAGCAGGUAAAAACGCUCGUCGAAGCCCUCGAGUCGUACUCAUCACAUCUCGAGCCAACCUUUGUUCAGAUCGCUCUUCCACCCACGGGCCCCAACCAGUCUCUUCCGCCCACUUUCGACAUCUCCAACACGUACGUCGAGAAGCUGGACGCUGAAUUUACUCGAGUGUACGACGAAUAUAUGCGCCGUGUUGCUUCGGUGCAGGCAUUUUCCAACCAGAUCAUUCAACUCUGGGCGGAACUUGGCACCCCACAAGCUCAGCAAGACAGCGCCAUUGUCAAGUACUACAGAGAUGCGCCUGAGCAGCUUGGGCUUCACCAGGAAGAUCUCAACAGGCUUCAGACGAAGCGGGAUCGUCUGUCAGAAGAGAAAAAGAACCUUGAGAAGAGGCUGAAGGACCUGAAAUCCGCUGUCGAGGCCUUGUGGCUGAAGCUUGGCGUCCAUGAAGGCGAAACUAGGGCUUUCCUUAACCAAAACAGGGGAUGCGGCGUCCGUCAAAUCAAUGAAUUCGAAGAUGAGCUGGCGCGAUUGAACGAAUUAAAGAGAGAGAACCUGCAUCUCUUUGUUGAAGAUUCCCGCGUAAAGCUCCAGGAACUGUGGGAUUCGCUGUACUUUUCGGAAGACGAGAUGCUCGAGUUCACUCCUGCAUUUUCCGACGUGUACAGUGACGCCCUGUUGGAGGCACACGAGCGGGAGGUUGCACGACUAGAGGCACUGAAAGAGCAGCGCGCGCCAAUUCUGGCGGUUGUUGACAGACACAAGAGCCUGAUCAAGGACCGGGACGACCUCGCGGCAUCGAGUCAAGAUGCCUCUCGUCUGAUGAUGCGCGGCCAAAAGGGCGAGAAGCGAGACCCCGGCAAGCUUCUCAGGGAGGAAAAGAUGCGCAAGCGGAUAGCCAAGGAACUCCCCAAGGUGUCUGCCGAAGUCCGCAAGAUGCUCGAAAGUUGGGAGGCUGAAUAUGGUCGGCCGUUUUUGGUAUUUGGAGAGCGCUAUCUGGACGAAUUAGAGCCAGAGGAGCCGAAGAGGGCUGGCCCUGCUUCGCGAUGCAAAACUCCCGCAAAAGCACCUCCGUCGACGGUGAAAAAAUCAGCAGGUCUCGCAAGAGCCCAGAGCGCAAAGGCCGCGCCGCCUCGCUCCAUGACCAAGACUCCGACAGCUGGGGGGCGGACUGUUACAAAGAAAAUGCAGUCUCCAGGCAAGACGCAUGCGAUGCACGGCAGAGAAAGUCCCUCUAGGAUUCCUGCUCGUGUUCCCCUGUCCAACCUGAGGACGGGGGGGAAUUCUCCCGAGCGCGCAUCCCGACCAGAAUCGCGGGGCGAGACUCUUCGAAACGGUGCGCCAGUCCGCGCUCCGCCGCCAAAGAUGCGUGACUUGAAGGCGGUUCCCCAACUUCAGACGCCGAGGAAUCCGUACAGGGGGACGGGCAUCGAGUCGAGUAUUGUGCGCCAAGUUGAGCCCGAGGAUGUCUACGGCGAUCGUCCUCAGACUUGUCGAGGGACGCGAUCUAACUCCAACCUAUCCAACCACGCGCAACCAAGGUACUGCGAGGAUGUAUACGACGACGGUUACGAUGGUCGUUGCGCGACAAUUCGCGCUCCACGCUCUGCAUACCCACAAGCCGCGCCUUCAAGGCAAACAUCAAACAACUCACACACAUCAACUGCCAUGUCCGGAUCUGAGAACUGGGAGACGUACGAUGACAACAGCGAGCCGGAAGUGGACGUCUCGGAAGACUAUUACAGCAAGCUUUUAGCAGCACGCGGCAAGAGAUAUGAGCCAGAACAGGGCUGUCGACCUGCAAGCAGCCAGGCUAAACGCCUAAGGGGCAUGCCAGGGACGCCCUAUGCAGCAGCGCCAGUCGUGCUUGAUCAUGACGGCGACCGGAUCAUCUCCGGUAGCGAAUGGACGGAUGAAGAUGUGUUUUGA